GCGCUAGGAGUUUUAUGGAAUCAUAAGGAAGAUCUUUUGCAAUAUAAUGUGAAAAAGGUCAAGGCUGGUCCGAUAACAAAACGUAGCAUCUUGUCAGCCAUUGCUCAGGUAUAUGAUCCCUUGGGUUUGCUUGGACCUAUCAUAAUAAUAGCGAAGAUAAUUAUGCAACAGCUAUGGACAUUGGAAUUGAAUUGGGAUGAAAGUCUACCUCAAGAGCUUCAUACCAAGUGGCAAACGUAUCAAUCAUCGUGGAAUCAGAUUGGCAACUUAAGAAUUCAUCGCCCGAUAAAACAAAGGGGCUCUACUAGCAGAAUAGACAUUCAAGGAUUUAGUGACGCAUCAGAGCGAGCAUAUGGAGCCUGCCUAUAUGCGAUUAGUCGAGAUUCAGCGGGUAACCUCCAGUCGCAGUUACUAUGUGCCAAAUCAAGAGUGGCCCCCUUAAGGGUUUUGACUAUAGCUAAGUUAGAAUUAUGUGCGGCGCUACUAUUGGCAAAGCUCUACAAAACUGUACAAGAUGCUCUGGGCGAGAGAAUUAACAACGUUCAAUUAUGGAGCGAUUCCACGAUCGUGUUAGGAUGGAUACAUACCUGUCCUAGCUCUCUAAAAACAUUUGUUGCAAAUCGAGUAUCACAAAUACAAACCCUCGGUUUACAGGGCUCUUGGAAGCACGUACCUUCAGCCCAGAAUCCAGCAGAUAUUUUGUCAAAGGGAGCCACUAUUGACGAAUUGCAAAAUAACAAGUUAUGGUGGCAUGGCCCAGGAUGGCUAUUAGAAGAAGGUUCCUGGCCAGAGCAACUCAUAAGUGUUAAGGAGUUACCUGAAAGGAGAGCGGUCACUGGCCUUGUAGUAACAAACCCACCGUCAGGAAUAUUGCCUUCAGUGUCCUCCUUUAGCCGGCUGCUUCGAAUCAUAGCAUAUUGCUACCGAUUAUUGAAUCGGGGCCCAUCAAGGGCCAAACAUGGAGUUCUCACGGUAGACGAAAUCGAGCAAGCAGAAACAGCAGUCGCAAGAGUAGUACAAGGGGAGGCUUUCCCUUAUGAGCUGCAUUGCUUGCAAAAUGGUAAGCCUAUCAAGCAGAAUACCAUAACUAUCGCACUGGAUCCGUACAUAGACGACAAGGGUUUGAUUCGAGUUGGAGGCAGAUUGCAGCAAGCAGCUCUGACUCAAGGGACGAAGCAUCCAGUUCUAUUACCCUCUAAGCAUCAUGUAACAAGAUUGCUAUUAGAAGAAGAGCAUAAACGCUUACAUCAUUGCGGCGCAGAGCAGCUACUGGCAUCAGUAAGACAAAAAUAUUGGAUUUUGUCCGGCAGAAGGGAAGCUCGUAAGGUUACGCGAUCGUGCGUAAGUUGCUUUCGUUGGAAGCCUAUCAGCGCUCAAGUUAAGAUGGGAAGCCUACCAGCACCGAGAGUUACCGGAUAUGUCCGCCCCUUCGCUAUUAGUGGAGUGGACUAUGCUGGUCCAAUCAAGAUUAGGGAAAGCAGACGUCGUGGUCGAAUGCAUACAUCCAAGGCUUAUGUUGCUUUAUUUAUAUGUUUCAAUACUAAGGCGGUUCAUCUGGAAUUGGUGACAGAUCUCACAACAGAGUGUUUUAUGGCAGCGUUACGUCGUUUCACUGGCAGGCGAGGAAACUGUCAACAGUUGUAUUCGGACAACGCUACUAAUUUCGUGGGCGCUGCCAGAGAAUUGGAGCAGAUAUACGACUUUCUGAGGAAGGGGGAACAAGAAAUACGAACGGAACUUGCCAGCCAAAGAAUCGAAUGGCAUUUCAUCCCUCCGCGAGCCCCCAACUUUGGCGGUCUUUGGGAAUCGAAUAUUAAGAGUAUGAAAAGGCAUUUCUAUGUCGUAACCAAAGGAUUAGUGUUGACUUUCGAGGAGUGCUAUACACUCUUAAUAGGCAUAGAAGCGGUCCUAAAUUCAAGGCCAUUAACCGCUAUAUCCAGUGAUGUAAGAGAUCUAACAGUCUUAACCCCAUCCCAUUUUCUAAUAGGAGAACGUUUAUCGCAACCAGUGGAGAAGGAGUAUCGAGAGGUACCUGACAAUAAGCUGAAAAGGUGGCAACAUCUGCAGAAGGUGCGCCAAGAUUUUUGGCGACGUUGGCAAAGGGAGUACCUAGUGGAAUUACAGCGCCGGACUAAAUGGACCUCUGGUGAGAAGAACCUUCAACCAGGAUCUUUGGUACUAUUGAAGGAGGAUAAUUUGCCCCCUCUUCAAUGGGCAAUUGGACGGAUCACGGACGUUUACCCAGGAAGCGAUAACAUUGUACGAGUCGUCGGUGUACAGACAGCUGGCGGAACUUUUAAAAGAUCAGCUAGAAAU